AUGGUGUCGCUGCCUCCAGUGCUGCCACCAGUACUGCCUUCAGUGCUGCUUUUAGUGUUGCCUUCAGUACUGCUUUCAGUGCUGCCUUUAGUGUUGCCUCCGGUGUUGCCUUCAGUACUGCUUUCAGUGCUGCCUUUAGUGUUGCCUCCGGUGUUGCCUUCAGUGCUGCCUUUAGUGGUGCCUCCGGUGUUGCCUUCAGUGCUGCCUUUAGUGUUGCCUCCGGUGUUGCCUUCAGUGCUGCCUUUAGUGGUGCCUCCGGUGUUGCCUUCAGUGCUGCCUUUAGUGGUGCCUCCGGUGUUGCCUUCAGUACUGCCUUCAGUGCUGCCUUUAGUGUUGCCUUCAGUACUGCUUUCAGUGCUGCCUUUAGUGUUGCCUCCGGUGUUGCCUUCAGUGCUGCCUUUAGUGUUGCCUCCGGUGUUGCCUUCAGUACUGCCUUCAGUGCUGCCUUUAGUGUUGCCUCCGGUG